AUGGUUGAAAAUGUUUCUAGAAAAAUUAUUACUGAAUUUGUUAUAACAGGUUUUGAUACUUUAGAAAAACCAACAAUUGUGGGUAUUAUCAUAUUCAUUAUAUACAUUGUUGUUAUGCUUGCCAACUUUGCAAAUAUAUACUUUAUUGUUUUGGAUAAACGACUGCACCAGCCAAUGUCUUUUAUCUGCAAUUUGGCAAUUGUAGACAUGCUCUACUCUACCAGCUCAUGUCCAACUAUGAUAGGUAUCCUUAUAGUUGGCUAUAAAUCUAUAUCGUAUGGACCAUGCAUUGUUCAGAUGUUUGCUUUUGGUUUAGGUUUUGUGAUGGAGCUGUUCACUAUUUCUGCCAUGGCAUUUGACCGUUUAAUUGCUAUACUCAAUCCCCUGAGGUAUCAUUCUAUUCUGACAAAUUUUCGUUCUGUUCUGCUCACUUUUUUGCUGUGGAUCGUGGGUUCUGCUUCUAUGGCCAUAGUUCCUGGUACAGUGCUACCUCUGCCAUUGUGUUACUCAAGUCUGAAGUUUGCUUUUUGUGAUUAUGCAGCUGUUGUAAGUGCAACUUGUAUAGAUCCAACUCCAUAUUUUAAUUUGAUUUCAAUGUGUUCCUUCAUACUUAUGAUUGGUUCUUUUAGUUUUAUUUGCAUGUCUUAUCUUAGGAUAGUUAUUACUGUCGUCAGAAUGAACUCAAAGGGUAACAAGAAAAAAGUGUUCAGUACUUGCUUAAGUCACUUGAUAGUUAUAGUCUGCUAUUACGGACCUAUCUUCAUACUAACAGGCCUAACCAGGAUUGGGUUAGCCUUAACAAUGGAGCAAAUACAUGGCUUGAGAGUUGGAACAAUUCUUGGUCCUUCAUUGGUAAAUCCUUUUGUAUACUGUUUUAGAACUAAAGAGAUCAGAAGUAAAAUAUUGAGAAUUAUAUCAAAAGUUGGUCCAGCCAAACAAAGAAGACAAUAA